AUGAGUUGGGAGGGGAACAGAAGAGGAGGAGUUGAAAUUUACGAGCAAAGAAGGUCUGUUGAGGUAGAGACGAGAACCGUUACGGAAAAUGGCUCCAUAACGACUCCGAUUGAUCAAAAUUUGCUGAUUGACCCUAACUUGUUGUUUAUCGGGAAUAAAAUUGGUGAAGGAGCUCAUGGAGAAGUUUAUAAAGGAAGGUAUGGUGAUCUGAUUGUUGCAAUCAAGGUUCUUCAUCGUGGGAGUACUUCGGACGAAAGAGCUUCACUCGAGGAUCGUUUUGCGCGUGAAGUUAAUAUGAUGUCUCGAGUUAAACAUGAGAAUCUUGUCAAGUUUAUUGGGGCUUGCAAGGAUCCAUUAAUGGUGAUAGUAACUGAGUUGUUGCCAGGGAUGUCACUGCGGAAGUAUUUGGUUAGUAUUCGUCCGGGACAGUUAGACCUCUAUGUGGCCUUAAAUUUUGCUCUGGACAUUGCACGAGCUAUGGAUUGUCUACAUGCUAAUGGGAUUAUACACAGAGAUCUUAAACCAGACAAUUUGUUGCUUACGGAAAAUCAGAGGUCUGUGAAGCUUGCAGAUUUUGGUCUUGCAAGAGAAGAAACAGUGACUGAGAUGAUGACUGCAGAAACUGGGACUUACCGUUGGAUGGCUCCUGAGUUGUAUAGCACUGUGACACUGCGGCAGGGAGAGAAGAAGCAUUACAAUAACAAAGUUGAUGUCUACAGCUUUGGAAUUGUGCUAUGGGAAUUAUUGACCAACCGCAUGCCUUUUGAAGGCAUGUCAAAUUUGCAAGCUGCCUAUGCUGCUGCAUUUAAGCAAGAGAGGCCCACGAUUCCACAAGAUAUAUCCCCUGACCUUGCAUUUAUCAUACAGUCAUGUUGGGUUGAAGACCCUAACUUGAGGCCCAGCUUCGGCCAGAUCAUCCGGAUGCUCAAUGCAUUUCUCUUCACUCUCUCACCCCCUCACCCUCACCAUCCUUACCGGAAUCUGAAACCAAUGAGGCAGCAUCAUCAAGUAAUGGAACCAUAA